ACAUGUUUUGUGCUAGUAAAAUAUCUUCAGAUUGAGUCUCAUGUAUACUACGAUAAUACGCGUCGGAGGGGGGAAGGCGGUCUGUGAAACAAUGGCGGGCGUAUCCACGGUUCGACGCUCCCACCAAUCACGGCGGUAGGACCUCCUUUCAACCAAUGAAAAAAGCAUUAAUCUCCCUUAAAAAUAAAGCAGAAUACUUGCACGCAGGGAUGAAGGGCGGCCAAUGCAGGCCAGAAUAAUGAACUUUAACAGUAGCACAUAUUUAACAUGCAGUACAGUUCAUACAGCUCCCCUCUCCGUUAAGCCUCGCCCACCGUCUCACCUCACGCCGUGUCCGUCGGCUGACAGCUCAACUACGACACUGAGACAUUCCAAUCCGGGCCAGUAAUCAUUCGCGACCUCAGUGUGCGGUGCUUGUGAUGUGCAGUUUCGAACACGUGGUCGCGUGAUCCGACUAGAAGGACCAGCAAAAGACGCGUUCGAUCGCGUCAAACACCUCAGCCACGGCGUCUCCAUCGGCAAUGACACAACACAGUGACGCUUCCAGUGAUCGCUCCGAAGUGUCGGUGACACCACCACCACCGGUCUCGAAGAUGUUAGAAUUCGCAAGCCAUCAGAAUCUGAGCUUUUUGAACUUGGAACACCGCAAUAUGUUAGCCGCUCCGUUGGCCGCUCUGCAUUCGAUGACGGAAAUGAAAGCGCAUCAGCAUUUGACACCGGAUCAUCACCAGGACAAGCACGAUGCCGACGUCAUGCUGGAGCGUACAAAUUUGCACGUAGAACGCUCCGGUCUGGCGUCUCGCAGUCCUUUAGGCGGCAACAGUAACAGUUCCCAAGGGGCGAAUCCUCAUGGCAUUGACCAUAUUCUGUCUCGGCCGACUCAAGUUACGGCCGGUCCGCUGCAUUUUCCUCAUAGUCUUGGCUUUUCCCAAAAUUCUCUAGGAAUGGCUUCGAACAGCCAGAGUGCCACCAAUGCCGGCCUGAGGGGCUUUAAUAUAGCGGCGGCUGCAUUUUUCCACCAUCAUGCAGCUAAUUCUGUGAAUAAACAGCCGGUUGAACUUUCACGUAGUACCGGCGGACUCUAUUGGCCAGGCUUUCAAGGACUCGUCGCAAAUCCAAUUGCAUGGAGAGACCGUCUAAGCAGCAUGAAUCACAGUAAUAUGGGCGGACUGAACGACAAAGAUGCAAAAAAGAAACAUACAAGACCGACCUUUUCGGGACAACAGAUUUUUGCGUUAGAGAAGACCUUCGAACAAACAAAAUACCUGGCUGGUCCUGAAAGAGCAAAAUUAGCGUAUGCCUUAGGAAUGACAGAAAGUCAAGUGAAGGUAUGGUUCCAAAAUAGGCGCACCAAAUGGCGGAAAAAGCAUGCAGCGGAAAUGGCGACGGCCAAACGGAAGCAGGAAGUGCUAGACAACCAAACAGAUGAAAACAGUGAUGUUAUUUCCGACACCGAAGAAGAGCACGGUGGCAAAAGGCAGAACCUGCAAUGAGACGGCGAUUUUGUAAAUUAUCCUUAUACCUGAAGACUCAAAUUGUAAAUAUAGUUUAUAGUGAUCCGUGUUUGUGCAGACAUUGUGAUGCGUGAAUCGUGAGAACUGAAUGGGCACGCUUUGUAAAAAUUAUAUAAAUAAAUAUUAUUAUCGAAAAAUUGAUAUGUAUACGUAUAUUGAUGCUAUUUAAUAUGAUAGUUAUAUUUUGAUAAAAAUUAAAGGUGCGUAACACUUGCAGUGAUACUAACGCAGAGUGAUAAAUGUUCACAAAUUCAGUGACGCACUUAUUACAAAUAACAUUCCAUAACAUCAGGAAGUUAAUAAUUUGUCCCACAGAGCACUGAGCAGAAUUCUGGUAACCUUCAUGUAAUUCUAAUCAAUUUAUGUAGAAAACAUAAUAUUACAAUUCACGAUUAGGAAUACUUACUCAGAUGGGACAGAAUACAACAUAAUAUUGUAAAUUUGGUAGAUUAAAUGAAAUAGACUCCAACUUAUUUGAAUACUAGCUUGAACUUUAAUUUUAGAUAUUAAAAAUUCUUCAAGAAAGUUUUGCUCGUUAUGCACUUUUAAUUUAAUCUUUCUGUUAUUAUUUUGUAUAAUCACCAUUAAUUAAAUUUCUGUAUGGAAAAUAUGAUAAAAUUCGUAUAUUUUAAAACCUUUUUUUAUCAUAUCACUAUUCUAUAGUACAUAUAAUAAAAAAAAUUAACAACCUACUUAUGUACAAAAGCCUGUUUGAUAUUUCCGUUUAACCAAUUAUGUAAAUUUAUAAAUGUACAAAAUUGCCGGAUUCAUAUUAAUUCACGAUGGAUUUGACAGCAGUAUUGUAAAGAAAAUGUGCAAUUUUCUCAUUAUUCGUAUAGCGUUUGGAAGCCCACACAUUAUUGUAUUAUAUGAAAAAGAUGUAUUUGUAAAAUUAAAAUAAAAUGUUUCAAUG